UUGUAACUGAAUCCCUAACUGCAACUUUGACUACAUCUUUUUUUUGUUUUUCAUCUGAAUUUGUUUAUAAUUGUUUUUAAAAAUCGUGGCUGGUUUGAUUUGUUGAUUCGUUUUUGUAAAUUCAUUAUGUCGUCUUGGAAAAAGGCUAACAAAAGUGGCCAGCGAGAAUAUCAGGAGAGGCAUCAACCUGAAGCCAGAAAACACCUUGGUCUUCUAGAAAAGAAAAGAGACUAUAAAUUGCGAGCAAAAGCUUAUCAUGACAAGCAAAAUAAGUUGAAAAAACUCUAUCGUAAAGCCAAGAACAAGAAUCCUGAUGAAUUUGUAUUUCAUAUGAUUAAUUCAGAAACAAAGGAUGGCCUUCAUUAUGAAAAAGAAAAACCUGAAGAACAUACGGAUGCUCAAUUAAAAUUAAUGCAGACUCAGGAUACAAACUACGUGAAUUAUAAACUUGGUACUGAAUUAAGAAAAAUCGAAAAAUUGAAAGCAGAGGUUUCAAUUUUAGAUGUUGAAGAUAGGCCAAAUAAUGUUCAUACCUUUUAUGUAGACUCAAAAUCAGAAGCUAAAAAAUUUAAUCCUGCAAAGUAUUUGAAUACACAUCCAGAUCUUCUGGACAGGGCUUAUAACCGACCAACAUUAGAUGCUUUGAAAAACAUGAACCUCAAGAAUUCAGUUCAAAAGGAUACCCUACAAAAAAUGUCAAAGCAAAUCUCUCAACAUUACAGUGAACUAAGCAAACGAAUUGAUAGAGCUCAGGAGCUUUCAGUUCUAAGCCAGAAAUUAGAUAUGAAAAAGAAAUUAAUGAAUAAAAAUGAACCGGAAGUUAAGCUGAUUAAAGGAGCUACCAAAACUAGCGCCCCUGUUUACUUGUGGAAAAAGGAAAGAAAAAGAUGAAUCAUGACUUUACUUUAAUUAUGCUUUCUUGUACAAUAAAUUUUACAUAUUUAUUACU